CUUUACACUUCUGACAUAACCAGGAAGGUUUUCCCCCGAUGUUGACACUUGUCAACUCAAUUCGUGAACGAACGUGAGCAGAAACUGUGUGUGACUUGCGGCAUGCCCCGUUAUUGCUUUAUGAUAUAAAUUAAUUUUCCCACAGGUGCAGUAUUUUCCAACAGUGACCUACGUAGCCUACAGACUAGAUACCUCUGCAAAGCCGAGAUGUGUGAGUGCAGGUCUAGUUAGCUUUGGCUAACUACUUAGCAAAUUACUUUUGUCUAGGUAAUGUUGUUGCAGUGUCCUCAUGGAAAAGGUUCGGAGAAUCUUAGUUCACCUGUCUAGGGAUAAGGGUGUGCCGCAGUGCGCCAGCUUCGUGCAGAGCAUCACCGGGCACUUUGCGCGCAACUCUCUUGAAGAUGACCAUGUGAAAGUGAGCUGCUCUCUUGAGAAUAAUCGCUUUGUUUUAUAUGAGUCUGAAAACGGAAGCUUGACGCAACUUAGGAGGGCGCAAUUCUGUCCAUUCAAAUAUCUGACAGAAAUUGAGGCAGCUUCUCUCCCAGAUGAAAUAUUAAACCGUGGAGUGGACGUUGGUGUCGCCAUCCUCUUACAGUCAUCAAAUCAAAAGGUGCUACUGACCCGACGGGCUGCCAGUCUCAGGAUUUUCCCAAACGUCUGGGUUCCACCCGGUGGUCACGUUGAACUAGAUGAAACGUUACUGGAUGCUGGACUGAGAGAGUUGAAAGAAGAGACAGGACUAGAGCUGGAUCCUAAUGAUGUUGCAUCCCAGUUGCUUGGCCUGUGGGAGUCGGUAUACCCACCCAUGUUGUCAAGAGGACCUCCCAAGAGGCAUCACAUAGUCACCUACAUGCUUCUGCAUUGCUCACUCUCUCACCUGCAGCUUCAGGAAUCCCUGAAGCCAGAGCCAGCAGAAGUGAGUGGUUGCCUAUGGGUGGAUGCCAACCUGGUCAAAGCCAUAGUAGCAGCAGUGGAUGGUGAAGAGGACCCUGGCCCUAUGCCCACUAACACGCCCCAGUCUGUUAGCGUCAUGGAGGUCUCCCCCAUGGGUGAACUGAGUGAGUCUGCCAUGUCUGUGUCUGUUCUCUGCAACCGAGCACCAGCCCAUGGCGAGGACGUCGAGCGUGUCAGCACUGGCACAAAGUAUGCCUUAGAGCUGUGGCUGAAGACUUUACAGUCCCAGGGUUGAACAACACUGAGAAGAGGUGCUGAUGCAUCUCCUCUUAAAACAUCAGUCAGGUAGAAGUGUUUUGAAAUGCCAGGGAUGAUUUUUGUGAAUACAGAAUCAAUGUGUUCAGGAGUGUUUUCUCUGAUGAGAUUAUUCUCAGAAAAUCCUUGUCUUUUCUGGCCACAUGGUGGCAGCAUCAACAUAGUUACCAAGCUGUCUACAACACCUCCAUACUCAUAAAAAUAAAGACCUCAACAUUAAAAACA